UCAACAUUUGUCUAGCCCAUGCUAUGAAACUGAAUGAGGCGAAACAUGAAGAAAACCAAGCAGAGGCAUGCAAUGCAAAAGCUGCUCCCCUCUGUUCCUUGCAACCAUAAAUCAAUGCCCUGAAAAUCGAUAGAGAGCAACAUGAAAUCCAUUCACCCCUAUUUCCUCUUUUUCUUCGGUGCUGUUAAUGAGUUGUAAAUCUCUAGCUUGCAGCACUCUUGACUCAAAUUCUUGCUUCUCACUUCUGUUUAUCAUCACAUUGUUGUUGACCUAAGUCUAUCUGGAGUUCUGUAUGUUUUCGCUUGUUGCUUACAGUAAUACAGAUUAGUUGAAUUUACAGCUGUUGAGCUCAGCUGCUUAUACUGACACUGAUAGUUCUUUAUUGCAGUUAUCUGCAGUAGGUGCGAUAGCAGCUCAGUGUUUGCUGUCAAACUGGCAGUCAAUAAUUACCCUGAUUUCUGAAGGCAAACAUGUCUCUCUUUGUGUAUAUACCAUAUCUGUGUAUGUCCUGUAUAUGUGUGUGUGGGGACGGCACUUCUAGAAAAUGUACAGAUCCUUUCAGAAAAUGAGCAGAAACAGUGGACCCUGGGAAAAAACUGUUUUUGGCCUCAUUAGGCCCUCCCACACAGAAAGCAGGCCGGCCCAUCUCUGUCCUGCUCUGUGAUAACCAGUCCAGAGUUCACCUGUCAUCUCUUACUGUUGAGCUAUUCGCCUCUCUUUUCCUCCUCUGCCACCGUCGUGUUUCUAAGGAGAUCCUUUCCUUGGAGGCAGGAGGAAGGCUGAUUGUGGAUUGCAGAGCACAGGGCCUGAUUAAGGUGUCAUGUGGAGUAGCUGCCUGCUAGACCGUGACAGGAAAUCACACAAUCUACAACCGUUCGUCGCCGUUCGUCGCUCUCAGCUCUUGGAUGCUCUUAAAAGGAGUCUGUGGGGAGGGAUGAAAACCCUGAGAAAUCAAUGGUGUCUUGACUUCAGAGGAGAGGUCUGAUUAUUUUGUUCCCUCUACCGAACCCCCAGCCAAUCAGUUGGGGCUGAUUGUGAAAUGGCUUGAUUCACAUAAGAAGCAGCUUCAACACAACUAUGAGAAUGCUGGAUGUGAUUUAAAGGACAAUUCUCUAGGUGGAGGUAAUGUCACUUUCACAUUGUCAGUAGGAACACGAAUAUAUGUAAUAUGUAAUAUGUAAUAUGUAUAUGUAUUUAACAGUCACCUGUAGUCAUUUUAAUCUUCAGCGCCCUGUUAAAUGACUGGAAAUCUGUGUGAUGUUAUUUCUGAGUACACUGCUGUUGGACCACAGUAUGAGUAAUCAUUCCCACAUGUAUUAUCAGUAGUUUUAUGACAGGCUUAUGCAUAUUGACCCAACCAAAAGCCAACAGUGUUUUAACAGUAGCAGUAUGACUGUAUGACGACAAGAUGCUGCAGUGGAAUUCUUCAGGUUCAGAGGAUCUGCUGGGGAACAGCAGUGACACUGAGCUGGGCAAAGUGGAGCAAGUCCUUGUCCCAAUACUAGAUGCAUUGAUUCUGGUGCUGGGGGUGGUGGGGCACACCAUGGUGAUGGUGAUCCUGUGUGGGAGGCGGAGGAGGGGGAGGGGACAUACUGGACAGUCUCCUCACAGCUCUGUGACAGGCACAGGGACAGACAUCCUGCUACUGGCCCUGAGUGCUGCAGACCUGCUCUUGCUCUCCAUGCUUCCCCUCCACACUGCCGCCAUAGCCAUGCAGCGAUGGCCAUUUGGGGAUCUCAUGUGCCGUCUGGUGGGCUUUUUGGGAUCGGCCUGCUCCUCAGCCAGCGUCUUUACACUGGCCACACUGGCUGUGUCGCGCUAUCUCAUUGUGGUGCACCCUGCUAGAGCUUACAGCCUCCUCUCCCCUCGCCGGCUGUCUAUAACCGCUGUACUCCUCUGGGUCCCGGCCUGCUGCCUGGCUGCCCCCCAGCUGGUUUUUCGCUCUGUGGGAACCCCCCAACGAGCCCCCGAUGGGGCUGCUUGCUUUGCGUUCCUGUCCCACCGAGACCAACUGAUCUAUGGAUUGUUUCACUUUCUCAUGGCUUUCUUGCUUCCCCUGAUCACCAUCGCAGUGGCCUAUGGCAACAUCUAUGUGUUCCUGUGGAGGAGUCGCCACGCUGGCAGUGCCCCCCAAGUAGAGCGCCACCAGCGCAGAGUGACCCAGACCUCGGCUAUGCUGGUGCUGGCUUUUACUUUGUGCUGGCUGCCGUCCUAUGGCCUGACACUGGCCUUACUGGAGGAUAGGAGCUCAGGGGCCACUGGCACCUCACCACGGUACGGCCCCUUCAGUGUGUUUGCACGCUUCAUGGCAACCUCCUCUACAGUGAUGAACCCCAUCCUCUAUGUACUCAUGUCCCAAAAGUUCAGACAAGACUUACUGAGGCUGUUCAAGAGGGGAGGGCAAAGAGCAAGUGGGGCUGUGGCAAUGGCUGCUGCCUGAGAGUAUUAUUAUCAGGAGUUACCUUGAUAUAACUGGACACCUGACACACAGACACUCAGUAAAUCCUGACUACUGGGAAUUACAAUAAAAAAAUUACAAGCUAUUCACAUGAACAAAAUGGACAUGACCAUUGCCCUCAUGAGGAAAGUCUACUUAACAAGGCAAAACAACAGUGCUCUCUUAAAAGCAUUUGCUGUGAAUAUUGUACAAGGAGAUCAAACCACUUGCCUUGGGAGGUGCUGCUCCACAGGGACAGUGGGACAAACAAUGUUGAAUCAUGCAUUCCUUGUGAAACAGAUUAAAGUAAAGGCACUUUGGUGAAACAUUAA